AUGCUGCUGGCGCUGCGGCCUCGACGUGCGCUAGCGUCGGCGUCUACAUUGCGCAUGCAAUGCCUCACGACGGCUGCGAGCAGCAAAACCAUCGCCGACGACGAACAUCUGUCGCCAGCCCUCGUCGGUCCCUACAUGUCCGAGCGCCUCGACGAGUUCACGCCGGACCGGAUCCGCAACUUUAGCAUCGUCGCGCAUAUCGACCACGGCAAAUCGACGCUCGCGGACCGCCUGCUGGAGACCAGUGGCAAUAUCUCGCGGCAGGAGCGCGAGAGCGCGCAGUGCCUCGACACGCUACAGGUCGAGCGAGAGCGCGGGAUCACUGUGAAGGCGCAGACGUGCUCCAUGAUCUGCCGCGACGCGACGUCCGGUCGCCCGCUGCUGCUCAAUUUGGUCGACACGCCGGGGCACGUGGACUUUAGUUACGAGGUGAACCGCUCGCUGUCGGCGUGCGAGGGAGUGCUGCUAUUGGUGGACUGCGCGCAGGGUAUUCAGGCGCAGACAUUGGCCACGUACUAUGCGGCAAAGGAGCGGCAGCUGCACGUGGUGCCCGUGCUGACGAAAAUCGACGUCCCGCAUGCAGAGAUUGACGACAGUCUCUUGAGUCUGUCGUCGCUGCUGGACGUGGACCCUGACGACGUGCUCUUGACGUCGGCCAAGAGCGGCGACGGCAUUGACGACGUGCUGCGCGCAGUGGUCGAGCAGCUGCCGCCGCCGAAUCAGUGUGAUCGGCACGCACCGCUCCGGUGUUUACUAGUGGACUCGUACUAUGAUGACUAUCGAGGCACUGUGUGCCUUGUUAAGGUCGUGGACGGCGCGCUCUUUCCAGGCGACAAGAUCUACAGUGCUCAUCAAAAGACAAAGCACGAGGUGCAGGAAACGGGCUUGCUGGUGCCGAAACGAUACAAGACCAACGGGCUGUAUGCGGGGCAAGUGGGGUACAUUAUUGCUGGCAUGAAGACAACUACCGAAGCUAAAGUCGGCGACACGUUCUUCCGAGAAGGCGCUGCGUCCAUGCACUUGAAAGCCUUGCCAGGGUUCCAAGAGGCGCGUAGCAUGGUCUUUGCGAGCAUGUACCCUACGGACGACUGCAGCUUUGACGAAUUGCGCGUGGCCAUUGAGAAACUCACGCUGAACGAUGCAAGCGUGACGGCUCAGCAAGAAACAAGUGGCGCGCUGGGCAUGGGCUUUCGCUGUGGGUUCUUGGGGCUGUUGCACAUGGAGGUGUUCCAUCAACGUCUUUCUGAUGAGCAAGAAAUGCAGGUAAUGGUCACAGCACCAAUGGUACCGUACACUGUGAUCGAUCCGAAGGGAGCAAAGUCAGCUGUCGAGACUCCUGGCGCUUUCCCGGAAUUGACCAAGUAUUACGAGAUCCUCGAGCCCAUGGUAGAAGCAUCGAUCAUCACGCCUGCGUCGUACUUGGGCCCUGUGCUGGCACUUGCUAAAGAGAAGCGCGGCAUUCAGACGAACCUGGUUUACCUCGAAGAUGAACGCGUCAUUGUUACCAUUGACGUGCCGUGGCAGGAGGUCGUCACGAACUUCUACAACGAGCUCAAGACAAUAUCCUCCGGUUAUGCAACGCUCAAUUACCGCGAGAUCGAGCCGCAGAAGUCUGACAUCGUGAAGGUGGACUUGUUGAUAAACGGGAAAGUCCUCGAUGCGUUAUCCUUUGUGUGUCAUCGCAGCAAAGCUACACUGGAAGGUCGCGCACUAUGCCAAAAGCUAAAGCGUGUCAUUGACCGACAGCAGUACGAGAUAUCGAUUCAAGCUUCACUGGGCGGCAAGGUCUUUGCCAAGGAACGAAUUGCACCGUAUCGGAAGGACGUGCUGAUAAAGUCUGGCAAGACCGUCGGCGGAGGUGAUAGCACUCGGAAGAAGAAACUGCUUGCCAAACAAAAGCAGGGCAAACGUCGAAUGAGAACUGUGUCGAACGUGCAGCUGUCGCAAGAUGCUUUUUGGUCCGUGCUUUCCAAAUAA